AUGUCGAAUCAAACAGAAAUCGACACUAUUCCCAUCACGGUUGACUUUUCAGGCGGGCUUGAGAUGCUCUUCUCAAACCGGCGCCGCCAUGCCGUCUCUCUGCCUGCCAUCGACGGCGCCGGCAAGCCAGCAAACAUUGCCUUCUUGAUCGACUAUCUGUGCAAGAACCUGAUGAAGGACCCUCGGACCGACCUGUUUGUUCUAGACAACCACAUCCGACCCGGCAUCCUGGUCCUCAUCAACGACGCAGACUGGGAACUUGAAGGCGAAGAGGCCUACGAGAUCCAGCCCCGCGACAACAUCCUGUUUGUCUCGACCCUUCACGGGGGCUGA